UGUCUAUCCAUGAUUUCGUCUGUUAAUAGCUCCCUUUUAAAUUAAUAAUUUUGAUAUAUCGCAUUUUCUAGAUUCCAUGAGUUAUUGCCAGAUAAAAACUGAGCAUGUUUUCAAUACGAGUAGUAUUUUAUCCCCCCCCCCCCUAAUGAUGGAUGAUUGACCUGUUUUUACGACUAUCUGACGGCUGGUAUAGUCUCGGGUGGUGAGAUUUUUUAAAACAUCGUGAGACAACAGUAAUAUCAUGUCUACAAUUCGACCCAUCAGUAAAUAAGGUAAGAUUUCAAGCCAUCACAGAGACCGUAUAGUACUAAGACUUCUUUUAUCUGCUUCUUUAGAGUCAUGAUUUAGUAGGGCCCUGAUUUUCUGGGUCUUUUUUUUUACAGUCACACCAAAGUGCAUACAUGAACUGUGGGGAAUAGUGCUCAUCUGUUUUUACUCAUUGUAAAUCAAAUGGAUGAACACGGAUUUGAGUCAAGACUGAGACAUUUGGAACAUGUACUUGUGGGACAGCAAACAGCUCAAGUAUCCAAGUUAAGCAAGGAAUCGAUUUUGAAAAGAAUUGAGACGCUCCAUAAAGAAUUGAAUUCAGUCUACAAGAAUAAUAAAUCCAUCAAGGACUUUAUCGAGAAAUAUGAUGUGCAUGCGAAAUUGUUGAAUCCAAAUACUUCAACAUACAACUUGGAAAGAGAAACCUUGGCUCCCGACGUAAAACUCGAGCUUUUAUUGACUGCCCAGGACGAUUUGGAGAAAUUUGCACAGGAGGUCAAACAAGUGAAGGAUCUCGAAUACGUAGUGAGUGGAACAGAGUUUGAUGUUAUAGAAACGUUGGGACCCAAUCUAUCGAAAUUAGAAGUAUCUCACGCAGACCAAAUCACCAAUUUAAACGAUAUCACAAAGGAGGUGUCGCAGUUUAUGGAGAGAUACAAUGGAACAGUAAAUACUCUAUCCGAAAUUUUUAUAUCCUGGGACAAUAUUUUGACAAAUAUGGAGACACACGUUGCUGCUCUUGAACAUCAAAAACUAAACAAAUAAAAUACCUUCUCAUACCUGAAGUUACAGUUUUUCUAAAACUGUAAAAGUCACUUUAUACAAUCCAGGAACGUGCUUUUUAAGGUUUUGAUUAUAAUAUGAAA